AUGGAGCGUCGAAGACUUCGCAAACAACAACGAGGUCUUGAAGGCACACAGUCUGGAUCUCUCCCUCAGGCUUAUGAGCUUGAUGAUAUCAAAGUUGAAUACCAUACACAUAGCAAACUUCCUUCCAUUGUACAUCACUUUGCAGAUUUUUCUCGCAGCUGCUCUUCAGAGGGCCAGGUACCUUGUAACAACUCACCAUGGGAACCCUUCCGGACACGACUGGACUUCGAAGUUGCAGAGAUCGCACUUGAAGCUGCAAUGACCAAGGAACAGAUGAACCGAUUGCUUGAUCUUGUGCAUCGAUCUGCCAGUGGCACAGACAAAUUUACAUUGCAAAGUCACAACAAGGUUCGCUCACUGUGGGAAAUGGCUUCGCAGCGGUAUACACUGUGUCAAAAGGAUGUAGUAUCUGUUGAGUAUGACAAUGAGACACAUGAGUUCGAGAUGCAUUACUGCCCUCUCUGGGACUGGGUGCUUGAUUUAUUGCAAGACAAACAGUUCGUCCGCUUCAUUGAUGAACCAUGGACUGCUGACGCCUUCUGGAAUGCACAAUCUCAACUUCAGCCAGAUGCAAAGCCACUUGUGUUCAUUCUGUAUGCUGACAAAAAUAAACUAUCUACUUUUGGGACUGCAAAAGGAUAUCCAAUUGUUGCAUGCAUCGCAAACCUGCCUGUUCACAUUCACAAUGGCAAUACGACCCCAGGAGGAGGUUGCGUUGUUGGUUGGUUGCCGAUUGCUAGUUGCCGAGGAUCAAAACAUACAAGAAAGAAGAGCUUUGUAGACUUCAAAAACACAGUGUGGUACAAAUCCUUCUACCAGCUUCUCAAGUCAAUCGAGCUGGAUCAGACUUGGCGCUGUCUCUGGCCUUUGAUAUUGAUCUUAAGCGGAGAUUAUGAAGAACAUACCGAUUCCCAACAGGUCCUUCACACUGUGAGAGCAAAAUGUAUGGAAAAAGAGAGGGAAGAGGACCUAAAGGUGUACUCACUCCGAAAUGUCAAGAAUCUAUUUUCAAAAAAAUUUCUUGCAGAUGUUAAUUGGGCGCUUUCUAUUGAUCGCCUGCAUAUGAAUCAUGAGGGAUUAUGGGAGGAUCAUCUAUGGAAGGAGCUUCUAUUCUGGAUCUCUGAUCUUGGAUGGGAAGCUGCUACCAAACUUGAUGCAAACUUUGAUGUCAUUCCACGAUGGCCCAACUUGAUGCACUUUAAGGCUGUCAUGUCAGUCAAUUUCAACGAUGGUUCAUUUCACAAGGAUAUUUCAAAGCUGGUUCUCUUUACAGCGCAGGAUGUCCUACUCGAAUUGAAGUCUAAGAUAGGAUACCUCCUUCUACGCUGCAUCCACUAUUAUCUUGAGCUCGGCAUCUAUGCUUCAUUCGAAGUUCACACUGAGGAGACUAUUGUGGCUGGAAGGGCGACCUUGGUUACAUUCUCGGAAUUGAUGGACAUAAGUUUUUCAGAUGAAUAUAUUACUGCAUCACAGCCUGAAACAAAUAAAAAUUGGAACUUUCCGAAAAAGCACAUGAUCACCCACAUAUUCGACAAUAUUUUGGCCAAAGGUGAUGUUGCUCCUCAAAUCUUGAACUAUGAUCAUUGGAUUUUAACAUCGGCAUGUAUGCAUACCGAGCUCGAUGAGCUCGACGACUAUGUUCAAAAGGCUACCAAUGACCCAGAGACAAAUGAACCUCUGGAUAUUGAAUUAGCAGCAGACCCUGUCGUCCAUGUGCACUUAGGUUCGAAGCAAGGCCAACACUCUUUUUCAGACAUUGCAUGUGCACAUGAAACUGAUAGAGCCUUCAAUGACUUUCGGUUAAAGCUAAAUGGCUUCCUGGAUGUGUUCUUACCGCAGAAUGACAUUCCCUUACCAGAUGGAAGGGCCCUUCAUCUCAGAGCCGAGGAUGAGAUUACAGAGUUCCGAUUCCUGCAGGUGAAUUACGAAUCCAUGGUUGAUUGGCGCAUGCACCAAGACUUACUUCAGUGCAGCCCAAAAUUUUAUGGAUCACCAAGGUUUGAUUGUGUCAUCAUCAAAACUACUGGCAAACCGUUCAUCGCUCACCUUGUAUACUUGUUUGGCUGCUCGAUUGGUAAUACUCAUUUCCCUCUGGCCCUUGAUGUUAAUCUGGGAUUGUGGCAUGUACACACAAAACCUCAGUCAUCAUCUGAGAUCAUUUUGGUCUGGUCGAUUAUCCGAGGUGCUGCGCUCGCCAAAGAUCCAGAAACGAAUGGAGAUUACUUUGUUAUGCACACCGUGGACACUGACAUGUUCCUUCGUGUCAAGUCUCUUCAAGUAUAA